AUGGAUAUUCCUCCAACUAAGAAACGACGAUGUCGAUCAGGGAGAUCUAUUGCACCGUAUCCAACCUUGUUCCUCCCGGAUGAACUCAUCAUAGAAAUCCUAUCUUUUCUUAGGGUUAAAAACAUUGUGCAACUCAAGUGCCUGAGCAAGUCAUGGUUCACUAUCAUAUCCGAUCCAACCUUUGUCGAAAAGCACCUUAAGAAUUCAUCUAAACACCCACAUCUCACAUUAUUUUGGAACCAACGCAAAGAGGGGUUUAACAUCGCCUCCUUCCCCAUGAAUCGUUUAUUCAAAAAUCCAUCCAUCACUGUUUACAGCCGCAAUCUCCAUCGUUUGAAGAACCAUUGCAUUGUUGUUGGUUCUUGUAACGGAUUACUCUGCUUGGUUUUCCAAUCUUAUGUACAUAAUAAGUGCUGGCUCCGUUUCUUGAACCCUGCCACCAAAACAAGAUCUAAAAAAUUAGGGUUGUUAUGUUAUAGCACCCCUCACUACACUUCUUAUUCAUACUACCAUUCUAAGUUCAGUUUUGGUUACGAUGCUUCAACAAGAACUUAUAAGGUUGUAGUGGUUCAUGCUGAAAAGAAUGAAGCUUCGUGGAAAAGCGAGGUUGAAGUCUUCAGUCUAGGUAAUAAUUGUUGGAGAAAUAUUCAGAGCUUUACUGCGGUUCCUCUUAAUUGGUUUAAUGUUCAUAUUCGACACAGUCACCUCAACGACGGUGUGCAUUUUAAUGGCACUAUUAAUUGGAUGACUUACAAGUCUAUUAUUCAUGCUGAGCAAUUUCAGAUUCUUUCACUUGACCUUUCAACGGAGACAUACAAGACGUUUCUGCUGCCUUCAGAUUUUAAUGGGGUUCCAUCUCUUCACAUUCAGCAGCCAGUUCUUAGGGUUUUGAGUGACAGUCUCUGUUUUUCUCACGAUUCCAAUGAAACUGAAUUUGUUUUAUGGCAUAUGAAGGAGUACGGGGUUCAAGAGUCUUGGACUCAAUUAUUUAAGAUUAGUUACCAGAAUCUUAGAAUGCAUAAUAUUCUUGAUGGUUAUCAAUUGGCGUGCAUUUAUGUAAAUGGUGAUAUGGUGAUUUUUGCAAAUGAAUUUCGCAAUUGGGCAUUUAUCUAUAAUUUAAAAGAUAAAACAGCAGAGAAAAUUAAAACGAGAAACUCCAUACAGUGGUUCCGUGGGGCAAAGGAUUACGUAGAAAGUUUGGUUCCGGUUCAUUAA